GUAGUGAGCAGUAAGGCAGUAGAUUGAUUGGCGGCCAUCAAGCUGAACUAAUCAAAUGCAUGCUGCUGCGUUUGAUUGACUAAUCAUGAUUAGUAGCUCAAGUUUAGCCAUCGGACCCGCUGCGUUCAGAACGGGACAAACCAAUGCUAUAAUAUAGAAAUUGAUUUUGUGUAUACGAAAACGUGGCUACAUGUUUCUUCAAAUUAAUCUAGGACCGCUCGGUAUCUUUCUUGCUUGCUUCUUGUAAGAAUGACAAAUUUGUAUUUGAAUGAGAGAUUUUGGUACAAUUUUUUAUUCUGCCGGAUUUUGUUAUAAUGAUUUAUUUAAAAAUGUGAUAAAAUAAUGAGUGGUUUCGAGUGGGAGCAGAUCCGGUGAGUAACCUUGUGGUGAGUAACCAUGAGUAACUCGUCUACAUCAGCAUGACAUCAGCAUCCUCUCUCUCCUCGAAAGCUUUUAAUUUUUCCUUUUUUAAUCUUUGACGGACGAUUUCUCACUCAUUUUAAGUCGAAAUUUAAUUUUUUUUGUACAGUUAGAUCAGAUUAAUUGUGCUCUUCAAAAUGAUAUCCACUUUAAUAUAUUUUUCGAACAAAAAAAUUGAGCCAUUUUUUACCAGGCUAUACCAUAUGGUAUUGACUAGUAUUGAAAUAAAAGCAUACCUAUGGUUUGAAAAAAGUACCAUGGUGGUAUGAACAAACCAAGACUGUAGGAUGGUUGAAUACAUGAUAGUAGAAAUAUAUUAAUUGUCAUUUACGACUUUUAACAUUGUAUACGACAAGAUACCACCCCGUACCAGGGUGGUAUUGUGUUGUAUUUUUUGGUCCUGUAAUUUGUUAACCCAUAAAAUUGUAGAUCCAAUAGAUCAUGGUGAACUCGUCCCUUCUGUGCAAACGUUUUCAAAAAUGAAUUAAAAAUGAAGAAAAUACCAUAUGAUAUGUAGUUGGUACCGAGAGGCCAGAAUUUUUUCUUCUAUAAAAAUAUUGAAAAUUGAUCUCAUUUUGUAGAGCACGAUGAACUCGUUCCACCUGUGCAAAAAAAAUUAAAAUCCGAGUUAAAACGAAAAAGAUAUGAGCCAAUUAAGAAAGCUAGAGAAAAUAAAUAUGAUCUUUAACUCUCCAUCCUUAGAUCUGGAUUUUUUAAAUGAAGGGUCCAGAUUUGGUUAUUGAUGGAUGCAUAACCCAUGGUUAUGCACCCUAUCUUGAGCCGUUUCGAGUAUGUCAAAAUUUAAAAUACUUUUCAAAAUAGCUAACCACCACAAUUAUUUUGAAAUUUCUUAUCGUCUUAUUUUUCUUCUCAAAUUAUCCUUCCAAUUUUAUUUAAAUCCAUAAUUACCCUUACCCUGCAUUUAGUUUAAACUUCAUUCAUUUUUCUUCUUAACCUAUCCCCAUCAUCGUUCGUCUCUUCCCAGAAAACAUAAUAUUAGUGUAAGUUAAAACAAAAACUCACUAUCUACCGUAUUCAAUAAAUAUAGGGUGAAUUGCAAACUUGGUCACCCAUAUUACUCAUUUAUAACACUUUAGCCACUCGAAUCGAAAACCAUUCAACUUAGUCACUGAUACUAUACGUUUAUGUCAUAUUUGGUCACUCUGCCGUCUAGUUCCGUUAAGUCUGUCCUAGUUGGCAGUCAACUCCAACAUUUGACCGUUAAAAAGCUGACGUGUCAUUUAAAAAAUAAUUAAUUAAUAAAUUUAAAUGUGUUAUAUUUUACAGCUCACAAUUUCAAUUUAUUUUAAUAAAAAUAGUUCACUUCACCCACUAACACACAAAUCGCCGAUCUCCUCCUAUGGCGCAAUUCCGCCAUCGCAAUCUCCGCCGCCAUCACCGUCGCACUCUCCGAGAGAAAAAUAAGCAGAAAGAAACGGCGAAAUCGACCCUCCUGAGAACUUUCUCCCAAAUCUACCAGCUCCCUUCUGUCUCUCCCUUUACAAAAUCCGUCGUCGCCGGUUCUUCCUCCGACGCAUGCUCCUAUCCCUCUGGGUAUUAAUUUAAUUUAUACAUAGGCUGGUUUUUGUUCCAUCAAUCCCUUCAUCAUUGCGUUUUCACGCCUUUGCUUAUACACUCUCUAUAGACAGCUUUCCGUAAUCGUCGAUUGCUUUGCUAGCUUAUCUCCUUGCUGAUGCAUGCCACUGAUCUCUUGGUGCCUUUCUUCCGAAAUUUAACAGAGAAAAGAAGCCCCUAAACGUACUCUAAGUGAUUGCGGCACCACUGCUCCGACGCCGGGAAUGGCUCCCUGACGACGGCUAUGUAACUGCUGGAACUUCCAAGAAGCUCGACCUCUCCGUCCUCUCGCCAAUUAUCUCCAUCGUCAGAUCGUUUCGGCUGGGGGGAAUCGCGGCCGCAAGUUCUUCUCCGAGGCCCGCGUCACCCGCGUCAACGACAGGGAUGCCCAGCUUCUGAUUUUCUUCUAGAUCUAGACGAGUUCCAAUGGAGCGUCGUCAGCACGACGACUGAUUUCUCUGACGAGAGGGUGAGUUUCUACGAAGGGCUUUUGUUGCUGGACGAUGGAUUUCUCUUAUCCAUUAUAACCCAGAAGCAAGCUUGAUGCCUUUUUUACAUUCUUCUCCAUCGUUCAAGUUAACUCAGUGGUCGGAGAAGAGAGAGGGGCAGGCGAUUUUUCUUUUUAAUUUAUUGGGUAACUAGUUGGGAUCUUGGGGAAGGGAGGGACAGAAGGAAGCUGGUCUGGAGUUGAAAAUUGUGAGCUGUAAAAUAUGAUAUAUUUAAAUUUAUUAAUUAAUUAUUUUUUAAAUGACACCUCAGCUUUUUAACGGUCAAACUUUGGAGUUGACUGCCACCUAGGACAGACUUAACGGAACUAGACGGCGAGUGACCAAAUAUGACAUAAACGUGUGGUAUCAGUGGCUAAGUUGAAUGGUUUUCGAUUCGGGUGGCUAAAGUGUUAUAAAUGAGUAAUAUGGAUGACCAAGUUUGCAAUUCACCCAAUAAAUAUAUUUCAAUAUAUCAUAUACUAGAAUGUGGUGGGGCCGGAUAAGGGAUAGUCCGUAAGUGGAUUGUGUUUAAUUAUUAGGUUUUAGAAAACUUGUGGAUAAAUGAUAGUCUGGUGUUUUAUAAUUAUAGUUACGUUAAAUUACAACCACAAAUGAAUUAUAGUACAAUGAAAAACAUAUUUACUAAUAAGUACGGUCUCACACGUUGGAAUCACAUAGAAUAAUAUUUGAUUUAUCCCUCUUUUCCAUACUCAAGUUACUAUAAAAAUUCAUCAAUUUUUAUCAAAUUAUGGGGAGUCCCAUAGCCCUAAAAAACCUCAAGUCCGCCGCCAUAAAAACACCUGCGAUUGGUAAUGGCAUAACCAGAAGAGGAGUAGGGGAGACAAGGUUACGCGCUGGCUCUCGGGAGUCUCUUUAUAUAAUACUUGGCCAAAGUGUUCAUAAAAUGCACAAAUUCUAACCUUAUAAAUGCCAAACGACCUCUAUAAAACACGCAAGUUGAUUUGCUUCCUCCGUUUCCCAUGCUGGCUUAUAGGUAUAAAGAUUAAAGAACUGCCAGGUCGUACAUGAACGUCACUUUAGGUCAUACCAGUAUACGAAUUCAUUUUUUUUUGUCAUUACGAUACAUAAACUUCUCAUUGAUUGGUAAUUCUAAUUAGAGUGGAUGACAUGUUAUUAAGUACAAUUAAAUUUUCAAUGUCAUAUGCCAAAUCGUAUGCCACAUGAUACUUAAAAUAGAUCUAAAAAGGGAUCGCAUAAAUAAUUUUUCUUCCUUUAUUGUUGCUCGAGUUUUGAAUAAACUUUUUUACAGAAU